CAGGGCAAUUCUAGUGUCUGGUUUCCUGUGUUACCGCCCUUGGGCUGAGACAGUGAAGACGGGUGCGGGAAUUUCUUUGCUUUCCGACCAAGAAUAGGUCAAUAAAGGGUACAACACUUGCAGGAAUUUUUCUAAGACACUCAAUCAAACUGGACCACAGCCUCUCUCUGACGGACAGUGUGAAUCAUGGCUCUUCCUUUUAAGAAAGAUCUGGAGAAGUAUAAGGAGAUCGAUGAGGAUGAGAUUUUGGACAAGCUGUCAGAGGAGGAGCUCAAGCAGCUGGAGAGUGCUCUAGAUGAGAUCGACCCAGAGAAUGCUCUGCUGCCAGCCGGACUCAGGCAGAAGGACCAGACCACAAAAGGGGCAACCGGUAAUUUUAACCGUGACAAACUCCUGCAGUAUCUGGAGAAGGAAGCUAUGGACCAUAAAGACCGAGAAGAUUGCGUCCCCUUCACCGGAGAAAGGAAAGGAAAAGUAUGGAUUCCCAAACAGAAACCAAUCGAGUUGCUUAAAGAGGAAGUCACGACCCUUGACCCGGAAUUGGAAGAGGCACUGUCCAGCGCUACUGACACAGAACUGCAUGACCUGGCAGCUAUUCUUGGAGUGAACACACUGGUGACGAGCACGCAGAGUUAUGACGGCACCUGUAAAGACGGUUAUAACAAUGUUAUUAAAGGAGAAAAGGUAAAGCCAGUUUUCGAUGAACCACCAAACCCUACAAACGUGGAGGAAACUCUACAGCGAAUAAAGUCCAAUGAUUCCUCACUGACCGAAGUUAAUCUCAACAACAUAAAGAACAUUCCAAUCCCGACUCUAAAGGAGUUAGCCAAAGCCAUGGAGAGGAACACUCAUGUGAAGAAGUUCAGUCUGGCUGCCACCAGGAGCAAUGACCCUGUUGCCGUGGCCUUCUCAGACAUGCUACGAGAGAAUAAGACGCUAAGGAGUUUGAAUCUGGAGUCUAAUUUCAUCACUGGUGCAGGAGUUCAGGCUCUGGUAGAAGCUCUGCGGGACAAUGACACGCUCUCAGAGAUCAAGAUCGACAACCAGCGGCAGCAGCUCGGCACGUCGGCAGAGAUGGAGAUCGCCAAGAUGCUGGAGCAGAAUACGAGCGUCGUGAAGUUUGGGUACCAGUUUACCCAGCAGGGUCCCAGAUCCCGCGCCGCUGCUGCAAUCACAAAAAACAACGACCUGGUGCGGCAGAGACGAGUCGAGAGGGAUGUGUAGAGCAUAUUCUCCCCUCUCUCUCUCUCUCUGAUCAGACUCUUGUGCCAAACCCUCUGAGGGAGCCGCUUCACCUGAAGAAGGGACACAACUGGAUACUUUCCCUCCCUUAUGUUAAUACUCAAUGAUAUUUUUAUGUAUUAUUAUUGUUAAUUGUUGUUUGUUUUUAUAGCUUUU